AUGUUGCCAGGUUUCACCAGACGUAAAUGUCACACAUAUGGUGUUUGUAUAAGCACGCGAUAUUUACCUAAUUUUCAAUUCAAUGUCAUAUUUUGUUUCAAUGAAAUUAAUACGAUGAAUAACCUUGAAAGUCCGCUAGACAUUCCUAACGAUCGCGUUCUUUUGGUCGAUAAUCCGGAUGAGAACAGUCUUGAUCAACUUAUAGCUAAAGCUCGACAACAAUGUUCUAACUGUCUUGAUCUUUCAAAACGAAAUCUCACUCAAUUUCCUACGCAACUUCUUGAUUUUUCUUCAUUGCAAUACCUGUACUUAGAAGGAAAUCAACUGAAACAAUUGCCUAAUGACCUUUUUUUACGGUUAUCUCAUUUGAAAUGGCUUGAUUUACGUCAUAAUAAAUUAACUUCCAUUCCUCAUGAAGGUCUUGCUUCGCAUUCAUCUCUCCAAUAUCUUCUUCUCAGUGGAAACAAUCUUCGAGCAUUGCCUCAUGAGCUCGGUAAAGUGAAAACCUUAUCUGCCUUAAAUCUUGAUGGGAAUCCACUGCAGCAUCCUUCGAAUGAAAUUGUCAAACAAGGCAUCAAAGCCGUUCUACAAUAUCUACGUGAUGAACUCCACACAGAUGAUGAUUUAUCUCUAUCGGAUAAUGAAAAUCUUCAACCUACACCAAGAUAUUCUCCUCGGAAAUCCAGAAGAAGAAUAACUUCGAUCGACGACGAAGAAGCGGACAAAUUUUCUCUUCCAAAUCUCUCUCCACUUCGUGUUCAGUCGUGUAAACAAUACGAGCGAAUCAGCUAUUCAGCAAGACGUUCUAUUUCGCCACCACAUUCAGCAAAGAAAUUAACUCAAGUAACACAAAAUACAAUAACAAAGAAAAAUAACGAUCAACAAAGAAAUGUUUGUACAGCUCAAGAACAAGCACUCAAGAAUAUGCAACCGCAAGAAACAAGAACUGAUAGAUCGCGACAACAAAUACGUCCGAGAAGUUUUCUCAAACACAAAGAAUCGAAAAAGCCGAUUGCUCCAACUGCAUCUUUGAUCAAUCGUCGAUAUACACGAAUGAUUAGUAAAGAGCAAUUCGAAUUUCUUCGAACUCUCUCGGCUGAAUACGUUGGAAAAGAAGAUGAAGUCAGACGUGGUUAUGAUCGACAAAUUCAUGAUGACAUUCGUGAUAUAACUGAUAAGAUGCUAAAACGUCGACUAGAAACACGGGAAAGUAUCUUCGAAGAACGACGUCAAGUAAAACGUGAAAUUCAAGAACUUCGUCGACUUGUUUCCGAAGGUAAACAACAUCGACCACCGCCGGUGACCAAUCGUCCGAAAACAGUCAUUGGCACCGCCAAUCCUUAUGCGAGAAAAUCUUGA